GAACGCCAUGACUUCUGGAUCAUUGCCGAAGUACGUUGACAACUCCCACAAACUAUUUGCAAACAAGCUGAAAGAGGAAAGUUCAUUAAUGUAAUAAUACCAUUGUUGAAUGGACUGAAGAAUUCACAGGAAAAAAGUUCAAAAGCACUGCGCGUCGACUGAAGAAUUUAUUCCAAGGCUGUACUUUGACUCAUCAACUUUUCUAACCACCCGCAGUUCAAGUGAGAAUCAGCUGCUCUACAUUGCUUUCUUCUUCCUCGAUGCGUGAUCUGGAACAAAUAACAUAGCAACAACCUGACAAUUUUUUCAAACAUUUGUUUGGAGGGAGAGGAGGAUAAAAUUGUAUCGACAACAGAUUAGCUGUUUUCUACAUAGGUGUAAAAGAUUAGCGAUGACGGGUGCGAGUGUAACUGAAAAAACAUCCACCAACAACCCCUUGGAGCAGUUUGUCCUUCUGGCUAAAACUGCUAAAGGCGCGGCAGCGGUGGAGCUGAUAAAGCAGGCCGUUGAAGCACCUGGAGUAAAUGUUUUCGGGGAGCUGCUGGAUAUGCCGAACAUAAAAGAAUUGGAGAACGGACCGUACUCCGAGUAUUGGAACACAUUGAACCUCUUCGCCUAUGGCACGUACAAGCAGUACUUGGCGAACAAAGAUAAACUGUUCCACCUCACACCCGUUCAGAAAAAGAAGCUCCAGCAUUUGACGAUAGUCACACUAGCCACGAAAUCAAAGUGCAUACCUUACUCCGUUCUGCUAGAAGAGCUUGACUUGAAGAAUGUCAGAGACCUGGAGGAUCUGAUAAUCGAGGCUGUUUACGCCGAUAUUAUCCAUGGUAAAUUGGAUCAGAAGAAUUCACAGCUAGAAGUUGACUAUGCUGGACUAGGUCGGGAUGUCAGACCCGGUGAUACCGGCGCCGUUGCAGAAAUCUUGACUGCCUGGGGUGAGGCCUGCGACACGGUACUGAACUGCAUUGAGCAGCAGGUGCUUAGGGCCAACAGUGAAAAACAAAAGGCAACUCAACACCAAGAAAAACUUAAGCAGGAGAUCCAAGCCGUAAGAAAAUCAAUCACAGCUCAUACAGUACGCGGGGUUGUCCAGGAGGCAGAUGUCGCUGGUGGCGGGAUCGAAUCUGGAUCGGGAGGAAGCGAAACGAGCCGAGAAGCCGUGCCUGUUCCACCAGAUACGAAAAAGAAACAACAAAAACCAAAAGGUAUUCGAGGCAGUGGUAAGUUCUGGAAGACUUAAAGUAAGUAACAAACGGAUAAGUGCAGAUCUCUUGAGGCCUACUUCUUAUCCACGGAUCGGUGAUACUCUCGAUAUUUCUACGAAGAAAAAAAUGUCAUACGUGUAAGUUUCUAUUGACUGAAAUUAACGAAUAUUCGUAUGCACAGGAUGAAGUGAUUUCAGGGUGGCCACUUCUCUGGGAGAAUCGAGAACUUUUAUCAGGAAACUGUUUUCAAGUCUUGGGAUUAUGUCAUGUUCACAUAUCGAAAAUAAAAAAAUACAAAUAAGUUGGCUGUGAUUUGUAACUAUUGUCGCGUACUUUGUUUUGCUGUGGUCAGCAAACAUAAUUUAAUUUGUCGUUUCUUGUUUUCAUUGAAAUCGUGACUUAACACCUCUGUUUUUUUUUUUUUUUUUGGAAAAUUGAUGCGUUGUGAUCUCCUUGACAGUCAAUAAGUGAGACUUUUAAAACGAUGCCUACACUUUGCGCAACACUGCGGAAAAGAGACAAAGUAAUUUUUGAGAAAAAAACAAUCAAGCGGCCACCCUGAGUGUCGUAAAAUAAUUGAAUAAGUUCUGAAGUAGAAUGACCGAGGGAUCUGUGUUAUUACGUUGUCUAAAGUGUGAUGAAAAUAAUGAAAUCAGGGAUCUUUAAGAGUAUAAUAGAACGUAAUUGUAUUUUACAAUGCCAAUUAUUACGUUGGCUCGGAUUUUGCACGUCGAUAUUUAAGAGACGUAAGUUGUAUAUAUUAUUAAAUAUGUAAAAUGAACUGCUGGUUCAGGAUUUUCAUUAUUAAACCGUAGUCACUACUUCACAAGUUACAGAAAAAGCACGACUAAUAUAAUAUAUAUAAAUAUGGUAUCACUAUGAGCCAUGUUAUUAUGUUUAUACUAAAAAAAGCCGUUGUUAAACGAAGAAAUGAAAGAGAAAGUUGAAAAUACGGAAAAAGUUUUAACUUUAGUAAGGUUGUUUGCAGUCGUGAAUUGGAUUCAAAUUUUUAAAGGAUUGAUUUUAUCUUCAAUUUUUGGUAUCGCCAGUUACCUAGAUUUAUAAAGUACAUUUAUUACUCUCACUUGUUUUACCCCGCGACGUUUUAUAAAAUUAUAGAAUAUAAAAGUACAAGAUUAUUCUUCAACAUCUUGUGGUUCAGUGAUGUUAUUAACGUUUCGUCGAACCAUUUUUGUUUUUUUGUUUUUUAACUAUCUUAAUAUAUUCGAAUGGUGCUAAUUAACGGAUACAUAAAUAUUUAAUUCAAGAUAUUCAACGAGAUAAUUUUAAUCAACUACGCGAUGUAUGUAAAACCUGGUGAAAAGUAAAAGUAGAAGUGAAUAUAAGCAAAACUGAGGGGAAGAUGUUGCCAAAAUUUGAUAUAAAAUAUACUAAUCAGUUUUACUUAUUUCGGUUUCUAUCCCGCGAUGUUUUUCGAGAUCGAAUCAUCAGCCAUACAUUAAGUAUUGCAGAAGGAGAUAAACAAAGUAUUUAGUAAAUAGGAAAACUUGAAAAUACGUAAUCAUAGUAAAAUAAUAUAAUAUGUAUUAUAAAAGUCACAGUGUUAUGUCAGACAGAUAUUAAAAUCCACUGAUUUGUUUCGA